CUUCCCUGUCAAACGGCAUUUUCAGAGAAUCCUUGCUCUCUCUCUCAUCCCACUCGCCAUUGCUCUGACUCUGAUAACGCCUCGUUUGCCUCGAACUUCACGCCUCUCUUCUCGCUCCCCAGUCCGGCACUCUCUCUCUCUCUCUCUCUCUCUUCACUCUAACAAGGUCAGUCCUUCCAUACUUCUUUUUAUCUCAUCCUUUGUCUAGUGGGUUACAGAACAGAGAUACAUUCAUAAACAUAUAUUUGGCUCAAUAGGUUCAUGUGUGUGAUGCUGAGUUUGGUGAUUCAAACUUGGACUGAAGACUCAUGCGGAUUUUGGGUCACUUUUGUUUGCUACUGAUUGUUUGCUCUGUUGUUGAUUUUUAUAAGAGAUUUUUGGAAUAUAUUUUGGGGUUUCUCUUUAUGGAUUGUGUUUCAUUUUUUACUCAGAACGGUGAUUUUGGAGGUGGGUUUUUCGUAUUUGGGUGUUUUAGGCAGUUGUUCAAUGUGCUUGGUAUUUUUUUGCUAUUCUGUUUAGGAUUUAAGGUACUGCAAUUUGGGUACCAUUUUAAUUUUAGAGGGAAAUCAAGUGAUUUGAGAAAUGGGUUUUGCUCAAAAAUUUGUAUAGAUGAUGGGAAAUGCAAUAACCCAAAGAUUUCACUGUUGGAGACCAUGAUGGGCCAAUUGGGGGAAACUCGAGAUAUUGCAAAUGGAAAUGGUGAUGUCAAAGCAAAUAUUGUUUUAAAUGAUUAUUUUAGAGAGAAAUCAGGUGAUUUGAGAAAUGGGUUUUGUUCGAAAAAAUGUGUUAAUAGGAUAUGCAACACAGAGAUUUCACUUUUGGAAAGUUUGGAAAGUGAAUUGGAGGAAACUCAAGAAAUUGCAAAUGGAAAUGGUGAUUUCAAAGCUUCAAAUGAGGAAUAUGGUGAUGACAGUGAUGAACAAGAAUGUCAUGAGGAAGAUGAAGAAGUUGAUGUCAUGGCAUUGAGAAAAUUGGUGAGGAUUGAGAGGCGAAGAGCUAAUGCUGCUUAUUUGGAACUCGAGAAGGAGAGGUUAGCAGCUGCCACUGCUGCUGAGGAGGCAAUGGCAAUGAUUUUAAAACUUCAAAAUGACAAGAGCUUGAUUGAAAUGGAGGCCAAUCAGUACCGGAGAUUGACCGAGGAAAAGCAACUCCAUGAUCAAGAAGUGAUCCAUUCAUUAAGAUGGAUUGUAAUGAAGCACGAAUCAGAGAGGGGUCUUUUGGAAGACCAGUUGAGAUUUUUUAGGCAGAAAUUGAAGCCCUCCAUGGAGGGUUAUGAAGGGGAUCAAUCCGAGGGAAUUCACGAGUCUUUGAGCUUUUUCAACUCAAACAUUGAGGAUAGUCCUGGUGGUGAUGCACUGAUUAGCUCGCUUGACAUGGAUUUGUCACCAUAGCGGAAUGGUGAGAGAUGCUUUGUGGAGAGUGCUUUUGUCGCUGAUAUUUUCAAUAUAAUUGGUGAGAAAUGCAAUUAACUUGGAGUUUUCAUACUACAAGAGGUUGAUAAACAAUAGCAUUGUGCUACUAAACAUCAGAUUUUGCAGAAAUGUUUUUGCUGCUCAUUGCUUUCGGCUUAAUAGCAAGUGACGAAUAUAGUGCGCGGGGUGCACAACAGAAUUGGGAGACGCAGAAUCUGAAAAUUGCUGCUCUUACCAAAGAUAUGAUUUGCUUGCUCCCUAAGUCCGGAGAGAUUUAGGAAAACACAGACAAUACUUUUUUUCAUUUUUUUGUAAAUCACAACUGUUUGGUUUUUCAAGUUACUUUGUAAUUAGCUAGAAAUGAACUACAUGUUUUGAAUAAUAGAGUCAGUGAUACUGUGUUGUUAUGGGGCAUGACUUGAAUUGCAGAGAUCCAGAUAUACUUUGUUGUCGGGUAUAAUCACUGAUGUGGAAUAAGGGGUGAACAACCCGUAGAGAUCAAGAGACUGAUGAAUUGCUGGUUUUAAAAUGUAGAGCAUUACUUGAUUUGCAGGUUUUAAAAUGCUACACACUUGGAAAAAAUGACAGAAAAUAAAAUGUAUAGAACAUAUUCAUUCUAGGUAUACUUGCAACUGCUCUAAUUUAGAAUCCACACUACACACUCGAUUUUUCACGUUUUCCUGGGUAUGAAUCUCAUCAUAUACAACUUCAUCAUCAUUUGAUGCACAUCCUUGUCAUAUUAUUCAACCUGAGUUCUAGUAGGGGAAUUUUACUAUAUACACCCCUUGAAAGAGGUGUACCAUAUCCAUCCCUAAUUAUGUCUUUUUUUUUUAAGUUUGGUCAUGUCUCAUGUAGUGUUUGGUUGUGAUCUUUUUUUUUUAAUUAUUAUUAUUAUGACUCAGAAAGUGUGGAGUUAUGUUAAUUUUUUCUUUAGUUAUAAAGUUGUAUAUCAUAAUCUUUUCCAUUCUAAUAAGACUAACUCCCUGAAGGAUCCAGGGUACUGCUGUGACCCCCCACUACUGUGAUUCUGUUGUGCCUAAAACGGCACAGUUUCAACUUCUUUUUUUUCCGAGAGGGAAGAGAGAUAAACAUUGGAGCAGGAAACAAAGACAAGGGUUUGCUAUGAAGCAUUCAAGUGAUAAAUUGAAGCAAUUAGGGAAGCUAGGACCUACCUUUGGAAUCGGCACUGGCUGUGGUGUUGGCCUCGACGUUGGCCUCAUCAGCGGCACUGGAUUCAGUCCUGGAAUCUGCGGCUUAUAGCUUGGAGUUGGCUGUGGAGUCGGCCUAGGGUUUGGCUAUGGAAUGGGCAGAGGAUCUCUUACGAUGACAGUCGAAGAUACUCUAAUGUCAGCAAGUUUUUCAAAGGGAAAGCAAGUCUUUCUUCAAAUCUUCCUUCUCAGGAUGAGAUUGGUGCCCUAAUUGAUGAACUUGUCAUGGACACCAAGCAGCUAAUCAAAGCCACUUUCACACAGGUAGAUAAGUGCAGGAGGUUUUGAAUUUUGAUGUAUUGUGUUUUUAGGGUUAUGUUUGGAUUACUCAAAUUUAAGAUCUCAUACCUAUACAAAAACAUGUUUGUGUGAAUUGUUUUGAGUUUGUAGAAUUUCAUUUACAAUGGAUUUGAAUUUUGAUUUGAGUAUGUAACAUGUGGGUUUGAAUUUUGAUUUGAGGAUGUAACAUGAAAACAAUACAUUGAUAACAGGAUCUGGAAAAGACAAGAGGGUUUGAAUUGU